UGACAUUUCUCCUCCGACUCUGACAUUUCAGUUAUUUUUGUGUUUAUUUUUCCUAUAAAAGUAAAUUUUCUUCUUUUUAAUUUUAUUUUCACACCAAAACGAAAAAACUGCAAUAAAUUAACAAAAAGAAUCGUCCGCCAAGAAACUAAGAAAUGGAACUCGAUCCAGAUAUUGUCAAGGAAUUCGAAAACCUCCUCAUCCCGAAUGCAAAACCUACCCAAGAACAACUCGACAAUCCAAUCCCAGUACCAAAUAAAAAACUCCAUCCCACCUUCCAGACAAUUCCCAAAUUCUACUACAAACCACCCAACCCCUGCACAAACAACAUUCGCCAGAAUCUCCGCAAGGAAGCCCAUUCCCUCUUCCUCCAAAAACGCACCCAAGAACUCCUCGACAAUGAAGAACUAAAUACUCUCUGGGAAAUUCUCGAGAAAUGCAGUUCCCAAGUGACUCCCAUGGGCCAACAAUUAAUUGGCUACGAUGACUAUCUUAAAGUUCGCGAGUCUGUGAGUGCCAAAUGUCGCAAAUACCUCACUGCCACCCUAUUUGCCAAACUCCAGUCCUCCUCCGGCUAUCCGGCCAAAGUUGAGAUAACUUCCGUAUUCAAUUAUACGAUGCGAAAAGUUUGGCUGCAGCAAGGACGCAUCGGAUUGUCGGUGUACGAUUACAAUGGGCAGGGCUACCUGCGGGAAAUCGACAUGGAGAACUACAUCAUCGACAUCAUCCCCACGCUGUCGCAGCUAAAUGUCGUCGAGCAGUCGUUUCAUAGUUUCUACGUGUGCACGGUGGUGAAGAAGUUCUUCUUCUUCCUCGACCCGCUGCACACCGGCAAGAUCCGGAUUCGUGACAUUCUGGCAUCGGGAUUGUUGGCCGAAUUGCUGGAAUUACGCGACGACGACGCACCCAAAGAGAGCCAAGAGAUGAAUUGGUUCUCCGCCCCGUCAGCACUCACCGUCUAUGGCAAUUAUCUGAAUCUGGACAAGGAUCACAAUGGAAUGCUCAGUCGCAGUGAAUUGGCCGGUUAUGGGACGGGCACUUUUACCUCGGUCUUUCUGGACCGGGUGUUUGACGAGUGUCGGACAUUCGACGGCGAAAUGGACUACAAAACAUUUCUUGACUUUGUGCUGGCGCUGGACAAUCGCCACGAGCCACAAUCACUGCACUAUCUCUUUAGGAUUCUCGACGUCGAGCACAAAGGCUAUUUGACGACGUCGACUUUGCAUUACUUCUUCAAAGGCAUUCAGGAGCAAAUCCGUCCUGAGAAUGCACAGCCAGUUAGUUUCGAGGAUUUGAAAGAUGAAAUCUUUGACAUGGUCAAAUCAAAGGACCCCUACAAGAUAACUCUGCAGGAUUUGAUUAAUUGUGGACAAGCUGAAACGGUGGUGUCGAUCCUGAUUGAGUUCCACAAAUUCUGGGCCUAUGAAAAUCGAGAAGUGAUUGUCUUCGAGACUAAUCCCGAGGAUGGGGCGCAGAAUGUUUGAUUAUUACCUUAAGUUCUUUAGUUUAAGCACCAUUCCAUGAUGUGUGGACAGUAUUUAGAUUGUUUUUGUAUCUAAGUUUAAGCAUUUAAGGUUUACAGUCAUUAAAACUCAUGAAUCAUGUUUUUCUUCUAAA